GUCCAAUGGGAAACGAGUAUCGCCAUUAGCUCCGCCCACAAGUCGGCCAUUUUGUGUGAGUGUUAUCAGCUUCGGAAGUCUCACACGUCGUGCAGAUUUUUGCCAAUUUUGAGGAAUUUUUGAGACACAGUGACAGGUGGUCACCAUGGACCUGUGUAUGGAGUGUGAGGAUGAGGAGUUGGACCCGUGGCAGAUGCCAGCUGAACCGGAGCCGCCACCUGCUAAACCUGCAGCUGCAGCACCUGAACCACAGUCUAUAACCCCACAACCACCUCCACUCAGACCAGCUGUACAACAGACAACUAUCACUCAGCAGCCGAAUGUUCUUCCACCACCCCCUCCACUCACCCCAAGCCCUGCUGUGCAACAGAUGGCCAACUCUACCAUCAUCCAACAGCCAACUCAGGCACAACCUGUUAGCACAGUAUCCCAGAAGGCUGUGGGGCAGAUUUCCCAGCAUGCCACACAAAUUGUUACCCAGAAGUCUGCUGGACCUGUGAAAAUUGUUACCCAGAAUUCCUCCACAUCUCAAACCACCCAGCCUAUUCUCAUCAACCUAACGCCACAGCAGGGUACAUCCCAGCCCACCUACCUCAUGCCAGCCACCCAGCCUGGCGGACAGUCGUACUAUCUCAUGCCGCUCAACGUGACAGGUGUGCCCACUCUGCAGACAGUCAGCCCCAGCCCGGUCAUGCUGCAGCAGGUGCCCAACAUUGUACAGCCGCAGAACGUCACCAUCGUACGGCAGCAGGUGCCACAGAUUCUACAGGUGUCACAGCCUGCACCUGGUCCUGCUCCUGCCUCCACAAUGGUACAAGUCAUACAGAGCACAACUCCAAGUAUGACAACAUCAGCCUCCUCCCAGCUGAAAACCUUUGCGAACCAAGCGACCAGUAACGUAGCCAAACCCCUCUACAAGCUGGUAACAAACAAUCAGGCACCCGGCAAGACUAUCCAGGUCACCCGACCUAUAACAGUAACAAAUACUUCCACAGCCACCAUCAACCAAGGACCUCCGUUAAGACCAGCAAUGCUUUCACAGAGUAAACCAGCAACAGCUGCCCACCCGGUAAAAAUCACACAGGCACAGCCAAAUCCUGUAGCGGCCACCACAAGUCAGAUUAGACAAGUUGCGCAGGCACGGACUAACCCUGCAAUGGCCACCCCUGGGCAAGUUCAAGCUACACAGCCGCAAAAAAACACAGUUCAAGAGACUUCUGCCAAGACUUCCACUAGUGCCAUGCCCAGUGGCUCGGUAGUCUCCACAGUCCCCAGCAGGAGGAAGAAAGGCCUCCCUCCUCCCAGAGUUGUGGCUAAGAUCAUGCAGGACAAGACUGUCAUGUAUGUGAAAUGUACCGAGAGCAGUUCUGUCACCAGCAACACCACAACUGUAACACAGGUCCAACCAUCUCCUACUGUCCAGCCUGCUACUGUCAGCACUAGUCAAGUUCCCCUACUGCCCCGCCCUGUAACUGUAGCUGUACACCAGGCACUGCAGAGUCCCAGUCCCAUGGCUAUAGUCAACGCCUCUACAUCAGCUACCAAAGUGUCGUCCCUGACGUACACCUGUCCACUGUGUAACACCAAGUUCUUCUCCCUGGCCUCGCUCACCGCUCAUCGACAGAAAUGCAAGAAGAACAGCCCGACUGUCACCGCAGCCUUUUGUGAGAUUUCUAAAAAGGGAAGAUACACCUUCAUCCACUCAGCAAACUCUGGUACAACUACAUGGAGGCCCAGCCAACCUGUGUCUCUGAGUGCCAUCUCUCCACAGUCCACGUCCAAACCAACAUCAACACCCUCCCCUCCCAACAGAACACCUCCCCAGUACAAGUCCAUCCAGAUCCAGAUGUCCAUAGAAGAAUACUACUAUGGCAAGAAGGAGGGUGUGCUUCCUUCAGACAGUACAGAAGAUAAAGGUUCGUGUGUGUUUAAAUGCUACACCUGCAGUAAAGUACUGAAGUCCAACAUCAAGUACAUGAACCACAUCCGUCAUCACAUCGAGCACGAACGCCAGCAGAACCCAGAUAUCAGCGAUAGCUGCCAACGGUGUUUCAAGAGGUUUGAGACCCCAUUUCAACUGCAGUGCCACCUAGAGACUAUGCACAAUACUGCAAACCCUGACACAUUCUGCAAGAUCUGUGAGAUCUCGUUUAAGUCAGAGAAGGCCCUGCAGAGUCACAUGUUACAGGAGCACCAGCCAUGUGAGAUGCCGUACUCCUGUAAACUGUGUGGGUUCAGAUCUUCUAUCCUGUCUGACGUGGAGUCACACUUCCGCAGUACCCACGACGGGACCAAGAACCUGCUCUGUACAUUCUGUCUGAAGAUAAUAGUCCAGUGCCGUGCGUUUGACGUCCACUGCCUGAAACACUUCCGGAAGAGUGACAAGAAGAAGUGUAAGUCUUGUCGGCUCCAGUUUCACUCCACAUCGGAGCUGCAGCAGCACAGGAAACACGACCACGUGUCGUUCGCCGGUUCACACAUCGUCAAAUAUCACCGAGAGAACGCUAAACUCAACUUCAAGUUUCUGAAGAAGGGCAACAAAACACAGGUAUUGGGGAAAAUACAAUUUAGACUGGACUCUCAGACCAGUUCUGAAUGUGUGACAGGGGCUUUACUGGAGGGGGUUGAGAUGGGAAGAAAAGUAGGCAUGGCCAGUCUAGACCCGUCCGUUGUUGCGAGCAGUAGUGGCGGUGUGACGGAGUACGGAGUGGCCGGUAUGCCCCGAGGAAUCAAACGUAGCCUGAACCUGACCUGCCGACCUGUACAGGACAACCGCACACACACCUGUCUGGAGUGUGGGGCCACCAUACAGGACCUAGGCUCACAUUACAUGAAGUACGUGAGCUGUUCCAAGUGUCGGUACAGCACUUGCUGUUCCCGAGCGUAUGCUGAUCACAUGAUCUGUCGACACCAGGCCCCGGGCGGUAGACAGCGCGUAGUGUCGGCAAACAUGUUCCAGGUGAAUAUGUACACCUGCGAGACAGGUGUGAACAUAUCCUGCGGCUGCGGUUAUACCACAUCAGGUGGCAGGGAGAUGGCGGAGCACCUGCAGGCCUGCUACCACAAGUCCUGCUUCUUACAGUCCAACCCACUCAAAAUCAAUGUGCACAGCCUCACAGGACACUUCCGCAACAGGCAAAACACUGAUGAGUUACAGUCUGCUAAGAGACCACGGACAGACAUUUCAGGAGAUGGUGUGGAGUUUGUGGACCUGACAGAAGAAGAGGAGGAAGAUGACAUGGCUCCUGGGUUCUUUGUGUGCCCUCACUGUGACCUGCACUUUAACCUACGCAUGCCGCUGACACAACACAUCAAGUUCUGUGGGCCUCAGCAGAGUCAAGCGGAGGAGGACACCUACACUGUCUCAAUAAAACAGGAACCAGAAGAUCCUAUAGUUGUGGUUGAUGAUGAUGAUGAUGACAUAGCUGUUGACGAUGAAGACAACUUAAAGUUCACCGCUCUCCAAGACCCCUCCACAGCUGACAACGAAGACCAACAAAGUGAUAACGAGGAAAGAGAUGAACAGAAAGAAUGGGAGGCCAGCAUUGGACUUGAUGCAGCAGACAUCAGCAGCAACACUGUCUCAGAGCGCCCCCAUGCAGAAGUAAUCAGUACUGCAGAAGACACGUCUGAAGGACACAAUGAUGGGAUAGUUGUCAAAGUUGAGAAAGAGGAGGUUGACAGUGUGAUGGAACUGCAGACUCCAGAAGAGCUCCACAUAGCAGGAGACAGCGGUACUGCAACAGAUGAUGCAUCUAAAGCCUGCAGCACAGAAAUAACUAUCAAAGUAGAGAAAGACGAGAACAACGCUGAACAGAAUAUCAGUGAAGAGACUGUGAACAAGGAGAUUGUUUCAAAUGAGCCCACUGUUGGCCUUAAGCAAGAUGUUGCAAAGGAGUCGGUUAGAGAAAUCCGUGAAGAAACUCAGCCAGCUAGAGACACCAGUUCUGCAGAAGAGGAGGAAACACUGCAAGAUACAGACGGAACUGUUAACUCAGAUGUAACAGAGCAGGAAGACAAUCAACCAACCAAUAAGGAUUGUACUGAAGUUGAAACAAACACUGUAUCACUCUCAGAUGAUUCGCUGGUCUCAGGCAACAGUCCACAACAUAUAGAGACUUUUGCCACCAAGGCAAUACAAGACACCCCAGGGGAAUGUCACGUAGAAGAGCUAGGCUUUACUGACAGUACUGUUGCAGAACCCAGCACAGAAGGGAAUCCAGUACCAGAGGUCACAAACAAUGCUGAUGUUACAGAUAAAACAGAAACUAGCCUAGAACAGCAGAUUUGAACCUGAUGCUUUCUUAGGCACAUAGACUGAAAUGUUUACUCAUAACAGUGCAUUUUUCGGGGGGCAACCUGAAGUUCAAGGUUGAUGUGGAGAAUUCAGAAGCCAGUAAGGCCACACCAAUUUAAUUUGUUGCUUCUCAGAUUGUUUUUCCAGAAAAAUAUUAAGCGA